AUGGGAUACAAGAUAGGCGGUAGGCGAUUCAAUUUCCUGGUGGAUCUUGGAUCUGCUCGCGCCGAUUUUCCUGGUGGAUGUGCAGAAAGUCUCUUUAGAUCGGGGCGCAAGCUUUUGACUUUGCCAGAAAAUACCAAGAUUUGCGUCGGCCAUGACUACCCGGCUCAAGGAAGUGAUGGACAAGAUACGCCUUUGCCUUUUAUGCUCGUCCAGCAAGACCGAGAAAAGAACAAGCAUCUUAAGGAUGGCAUGACAGUGGAGCAAUUCGUAACACAGCGACAGAAGCGCGAUGCGACUUUGGCGGAGCCUAAACUUAUCCGCCAGUCAUUGCAGAUGAACAUCCGAGCUGGAAGGCUGCCCAAGCUGGCAGGGACUGGACAUCGGAUGCUUCUUAUUCCCUUGAAGUUGGGCAAUGUCGCGUGGUAG